AUGAUGUACUCCCCUGUUGCUGCCUACGAGCAAGAUUUCAAACAAUAUGAAAUUCCUGAAAAGCCAUCAAAAUUAACAACACAAUACAUUAAACAAUUAGUUAACAUCAAGGAUGAAAUGGAAAAGGAAAUUUUACAUUUAAAUCUUUCAUUGGAUAAGUUAGGGGUUGGAUUAAAAGGAUCUCUUCUUGAUAAAGAUGGUUUCCCAAGAUCGGAUAUGGAUUUAAAUGAUGUUGCUUCAAAGAGACAUAGAAUUGCUUGUUUGCAAAAUGAUUUUUCAUCACUAAUGGAUACAAUUCAAAAUUAUUUAUUUGAAUUACAUGAAGAAACAAGAGCAAAUAAUCCAAAUUCUCAGGUAAUUGAUAUUAAACCAUUUGACGUUGAGAGUUUAUACAAUGAAGAUGAAUUGUAA